AUGUUCGGCGCCGAGAACAGCAGUGCCGAGGACGACGACGACGACAUCAAAGACGACGACGACGACGACGGAGCUUCCGCAGAUGAUGAGAUUGGUAUCAUAUCUAGCGCCAAUUUGCCGAAUGCUUUCGGGGCAUGGCAGUUUACGUGGACGCCUACGAAUGAGUGGGACUCCAAUUAG